AUGGCAGGAGGCCUGGCUUAUGGAAUAUCCCAAUCUAUCUACACAGUUGAGGGUGGACACAGGGCUAUUAUCUUCAGCCGAAUUGGUGGUGUGAAAUCAGAUAUUUAUGCUGAAGGUAUCCAUUUCAGGGUUCCCUGGUUCCAUUAUCCAAUCAUUUAUGAUAUUCGUUCAAAGCCAAGAAAAUUAUCUUCUCCAACAGGAAGCAAAGAUUUGCAAAUGGUGAACAUCACACUUCGUGUUCUGUCACGGCCAGAUGCAUUUUCUCUUCCUCUUAUGUACCGCCAGCUAGGUUUGGAUUAUGAUGAACGUGUCUUACCAUCAAUUUGUAAUGAGGUUUUAAAAAGUGUUGUUGCUAAAUUCAAUGCCUCUCAGUUAAUAACCCAGCGUCAGCAGGUCAGUAUGUUAAUACGAAGACAACUGCUUGAGCGGGCCAAAGAUUUCCACAUAAUCCUUGAUGAUGUAUCAAUUACAGACCUCAGCUUUGGACGAGAGUACACUGCUGCCGUUGAAGCCAAACAGGUUGCCCAGCAAGAAGCUCAGCGUGCCCAGUUCAUUGUAGAAAAGGCCAAGCAAGAACGACAACAGAAGAUUGUACAAGCAGAAGGAGAGGCUGAAGCUGCAAAGAUGGUUGGACAGGCUAUUUCUACCAAUCCAGGUUAUCUGAAACUAAGAAAGAUCAGAGCUGCUCAGUCUAUUUCCAAAACAAUUGCUACCUCACAAAAUAGAGUCUUCUUGGAUUCCAAUUCCUUGAUGCUGAAUAUAAUGGAUCCUUUGUUUGGGGAAUCUGCAGAACAUAUUAAGAAGAAAAUUUAG